AUGUCAAUCCUUACUCGAUUUACCUCGGUGUAUUUCUGGAUGUUCAUCCAGAUGAUGAAGGGCAUCAUCAUCAUCCUGGUGAUCAACCACUACGUUUCGAUCGGCUGGCUGGUUCUAGGUGUGUACUACACCGACCCCGGGCAGACCUGGGUGGCCCAGUCCGAGCUGCUCAGCGCCAGCUUCGCGGAGCAGUACGUGUCCUCCUUCCACUGGUCCCUGGCACAGUUCCUCCCCUCCACCACCAACAUCGCGCCCGUCCACGGCCUGGAGCGGCUCUACGCGGUGCUCGCGGUGCUCCUGGCGCUCUCUUCCUUCAUCACGGGGGUGACCAACACGGUGAACGCUCUGCGCGCGGUGCGCGUCAGCAGUUUGACGCAGGAGGCCAAGCUCCGGCAGUUCUUUGUGGAGCGUCGUUUGCCCGCACGCCUGCUGAAAUUGUGCCUCUCGGCCUACCACGAGAAGGCCGAAAAGGCCAGCAUGUCAGAGCAGGAUGUCGCAAUCUUGCAGUCCUCGCCAGAGAGGCUCCGGGCUCAGCUACACCAGGAGAUGUUCAGGGGGGUGCUCACGAACCGCUGCUGGGUUCGCGUCGCCUUGCGCGAUGAAUCCACGGGUCUCCUCAUGAAGAUCUGCCACCUGGCCAUGGUCGAGCGGGCCACAAUGAAGUCCGAAGACGUUUUCCUGGAGGGUACCGACUGCUUCGGCGCUGUGAUCCUCACCCAUGGCUGCAUGACCUACUCCACGGAUCACAUCAAAGUGGCCCGGACCUCCAGCACGUCCCUCCGCGGGAAGCCGCCCACGCCCUUGAUGUUCGAGGAGGUCUCGGAAGGCCAGUGGCUCUGCGAGAUCGCGCUCUGGGUGCAUUGGUGGCACCGUGGCCAGCUCAGUGCCCAAGGGGUGGCUCUCUACGCCUUUGUGGACGGCUUGAAGCUUGCGCGUUUGGCCACGGAGACGGGAGGCUUUGUGUACACGUAUUUGAGAACCUUUGGCAUCCUCCUAACCUCCUUCAUGGAGGAGAUGAUGUUCAACUUUCAGGGCACUGACCUCUCCAUCGAGGAGGACGGCCAUGAUUGCCCUGUCGGACCGCGCACUGCACUUCCAGCAGCUGUCCCGCGUCACCGCGGCCAUGACCACAGGUUUCGAGGGCAACGAGGUGCUGGAUCCCCCACGCGGGUCGUUCGGAAGCCUGUGAAUAUGGCAGAGGGCCGGCACCGAACUGUCCGCAGGGCUGUCCCCAAGAAUUCAGGGCAUAGGUUCUGA